UCGGGGGUGGCGGGUGUUACGCACUCAUCACUGCUCGUUGCCCCGGGCAGCGGUUUUGAGGAGGCGCGUCAGUGCGGAGGGAGGCAGUAGCCGAGGAAAACUGAAAUCACCGCGGGGGGCUGCUCUCGCGCCGUGCGCCCGUGCAGGGCCCCCGGCUGGCUCUGGGGCUAAGACUCAGUCUCGGUAGAUGGAAGAAUGGCUAGCAACAAUGACUGGUUUCAAGGUUCCAGAGUACCCAGUUUUGCUCAGAUGCUAAAAAAGAACUUGCCCACUGAACCCCCUCCUCAAGUCCCUCCUCAGCCAUCUCCAGACCCCAUGAAUAUGGGCCUGAUGUUUUCACCUUCUGAAAAUUACAACAUGCCAAAUUCAGCACGUAAGGGGACACAAAUCACAGGCCAUGUUUCAGACUUGCUAUGUUCCAAAGCAGCCCAUCCGCCUCCAAUCACUUCACUUCUUCCAAAGAAAAUACCAAAGGAGUUUAUACUAAAAUAUAAACGUGGGGAGAUAAACCCAGUAUCUGCCUUGCAUCAGUUUGCACAAAUGCAGCGUGUGCAACUAGAUUUGAAGGAAACUAUUACAACAGGCAACGUCUUGGGGGCUUACUUUGCUUUUUGUGCAGUGGUGGAUGGAGUUCAAUAUAAGACAGGAUUGGGGCAAAAUAAAAAGGAGUCUAAAUCAAAUGCAGCAAAACUGGCUCUUGAUGAGCUGCUGCAGUUGGAUGAUACAGCACCAAAGGUUUUUGAAAGUUCAGGUCCUCCCCGGAUUCCUGCAGAACCCAUGGUUUCAGCUGAAUCAACAUACAUUUCAAAGAUGUCUUAUGAGAGAAGGCAUCUUGUGUAUGAAAAAUUUUCACGAGCUGUCAGAGAAACCUUUAACAGUCUGACUGCCAAAUAUCCAGAGUACCAGAGGUGUAGCAAGUCAUUGGCUGCUUUUAUAAUUGAAAAAGCUGGACAGUAUGAAGUUGUAGCUCUUGGUACAGGAGAAUUCAAUUACAGUCAGUGCAUUCAUCAUGAUGGAAGAGUGUUGCAUGACACUCAUGCUGCUGUUACUGCAAGACGCUCUCUGCUUAGGUAUUUUUAUAGGCAGCUUUUGUUAUUCUACAGUAAAAAUCCUAUUAUGAUGGACAAAUCCAUAUUUUGUAUGGAACCAGCAUCAAGCCUACUCAGUCUAAAACAAAAUAUACAUAUUUUUCUCUACAUGAAUCAGUUGCCAAAAGGAUCUGCUCAGAUGAAGUCACAAUUACGUCUCAAUCCAAAUUCUAUAUCUGCAUUUGAAGCUAAUGAAGAGCUUAGUCUCCAUCUUGCUGUGGAAGGCAAGAUUUACCUAACUCUUUAUUGUCCCACUGAAGCUGCUAACAGAGUAAACAGCAUGUCAGCUAGUGACAAAUUAACCAAAUGGGAAGUGCUGGGUGUCCAGGGAGCAUUGCUAAGUCACUUCAUUCAGCCAGUUUACAUCAGCAGUAUACUUGUUGGGGAUGGAAACUGCAGUGAUACAAGAGGACUAGAAAUAGCUAUAAAACAACGUGUUGAUGAUGCGCUCACAUCAAAGCUUCCCAUGUUUUACCUGGUCAACAGACCUCAUAUUAGUUUGGUGACUGCUGCACAUCCACAGAUAGACUUGGAGCACAGAUCUCUUAGUGUGAAUUGGUCACAAGGGGAUGCUUCAUUGGAAGUUGUGGAUGGUUUCAAUGGGAAAAUCACUGAAAGUUCACCAUUCAAAAGUGGCACUUCAAUGGCAAGCCGUCUUUGCAAGGCUGCAAUGUUAAAUCGUUUCAAACUGGUCUCUAAGGAAGCGAAAAGAAGCGAUUUGCUUGAAGCUAGUACAUAUCAUGAAGCAAAGAUUAAGUCAGCACUGUACCAGGAAGCUAAACAUUUACUGAAAAGCUAUUUAGAGCAGCAUGGCUAUGGAUCAUGGAUUGUGAAGUCUCCACAUAUUGAACAGUUCAACAUGUAACUACUAAGCUGAUAUAUUGGUUUUUAUCACCUAUUUAAAUAAAAAAGUCAAUUUUGAGAGUAAAAUAUUUGGAUAUUGGUAGUCUUAAUCUUUCAAAUCAGAGCCAUUUACAGCAAUAACAUAUGAAUGGCUCAAAGACUUCUAUGGUCAAUUUAAACACAAAUAUUAGACUACCUCUUGUAACAAACAGGUCUUACUCAAGACACAAGUGAUUGUUUUAGAUAAUCUCACAAAGCUGCUCUUAAAGAGUCUUAUCUGUAUUGUUUUGUGGUGUUCUCUAAAGACUGAGAUUUUUCCUGUCAAAUUUGGAAUGUUACAGGUUAUACGUUGAUUUUUCCUGCAUCUCACAGAUGUUUCUUCAGUGAAAUUUCUGUGAAAUUUGGCUUUCUUCAGAGGAUGCUAUUAAUGUCCUUUUAUGGUUUAGUUGUAAGAGUGAAACACGUUUUGAUCUCCGAAAUCAAUCAUACUAACUUAAUGAAAAGUGACGGUUGUUAAUACUGGCUUAAUGCAUCUUUUGUUUGAGUUAAUUUAAACCAGUCUUCAUUGGAAUGCCUUAAUUUAGGAUUAGCUAGUGGAAGACUGUAUUAUACAAGUCAGUGCAGGAGGAUAGUAAAAGCUUACUGUAUACUUAGAGGUAAAACUUCAGUAUUGUUAAUAUCAAACUUUUACUUCUCAGAAAUGAUACUUCUGGUGUUUAUCAAUGUUAAGCAUUUUAGCUUCCUAACUUUCAGUGAGUUCAGUAAUAGUGGAAAAGUACAUGAUUGAAAGUGUUGGACAAUGAAGUCUUUAGCCACAAUAAGUGUUGCGUAAGUAAUGGUGAAAAUUUCCCUAAAUUGCAUUGACAAUGAGCUUUGCUCCAGACAUGGGCAAUAGGCCUGGUACUUUCCUCUCAUUUAGCUCUCUGAAGCCCACGAUGGGCCUUGCUAAUUUGGUUGCAUCCUGUGAGGACUGGGUUUACAACCCUCUUCAGUCUUCUUCCUGUACUCAAGGUGUGUCUAAAAGUUCUGAAUUAGCUUCCUUCAAAGUCAGUGUUCACUUUCUUGGUGAAGUAAGUGUGAGUAAAUAAUAUAAUUUAAUGUGAUCUGCUCUGGGACACAUUGAUCAGAAAGAGAGAAGAACAGCUGCUGAGUCAAAUCAUAAAAUUGUUCUUGUUAUUUUUCUUGUUUACUUUUUUCCUGUUCUAACAUUUUAUUGACAAAUUAUCAGAACAGAGGAAAUACCUACAAUUUUCAUUUAUCUAGAUGAACGUUAGAGUAGCUCCAUUAAGUAGCCUCAUGGUUGUUUUAAGCAGUACUGCAAUUCAGGCUAUUUUGUCUUAUAAAAAUAUUGUGCCACACCAAGUAGCUGCAAAAUUUUUUAAUUUGACUCAGCAGCUGUUUUUCUCUCUGAUCAAUCUAUAUCUGUUUUUUAUUCCCUCAAAAAAGCCACAGAGAUUACAUUGUGUUCUGAAACCAGACCAAAAUAGUAAAAGUGCUAUGCAUACAGUAUACAUAAAUCACAUUUGUUUUUACAUCAAAAUCUCAUUUAAGCUGUUGUUGUAUUUAAGUAUUCCUUCCCUAUUGCCCUAAUUUUUUCAUCUCUACUAUGAUACGAUAUAUUAUAUCUUUCAUAUAAACAAUUCCUUAACAAUUACUAGGUGUUCUGUUCCAGACUAGCAGUAAACAUUUUCCCUCAUUCAUUAAAGAGCUUAUUAAAUGGAAACAUAUAGAGAUAAGACUGGGCAUAUUUUAGGAUCACGUUAGUUCAAACUUUGUAUAUUCAGAAAAAGUUACAGUAUUUUUAUCAUCUUUCCAUUGUUGGGCUCUAUAGAAAUUUCAAGGUUGCAAAUGAUAGUGCAGUAUUUUGACAUAGGGCUCUCUACUUGUAAUUAGCAUGAUUCCUCCAACUCAUUUCUGUAGGCUGCUAACGGAUGUCAGUGACUUUAGGUCAAUGGUAUCAUGGUGGUGUAUAGUUAAUAGUGACAAAAGGGUGAGAAAUGCUGUGUUCCAUUAUGAGUCUAUUAAGCAAAUUCAUUCCCUAGAUAUAAAGCAUCAGUUGCAAAACUGUUUGCCGAAUGAGUAUCUUUUCCUUAAGUUACAGCAGUAAUAUUCAUUUGUUUUCAAGAAAGAAAGUUUAAAUGGUGUUAGUUAAAUGCCUGCUCUUGUUUUAUGUUUUUAUAGAAUGUUACGAUACUUGAAAAAGUAACAAUUAGCUUAAUUUUGCUGUUUGACUUUUUGUAUUUCACUCAAGAUGCUGAAAGCUGGACUUGUUUAGUCAGUUUCAUUUUGUACUCAGAGUGCAGUGCUGUAAAGUGAGUUUGAGCUUUUUGUUGAAGAAGCCUGUUUUCCAUUUUUGUAUGUGUUUAUACCAGUAACUGCUUGUAUGGGGUUGAGUAAAAUG